GAGCGCCGGCGAGGCGGGCGGAGCGGAGCGGGGUCGGGGCCGCGGGGGGCUCCAUGGCGCUGCCGGGUGGAAAUAAGGAUAACAUCAGAGCAGGAUGCAAGAAAUGUGGCUACCCUGGUCACCUGACAUUUGAAUGCCGAAACUUCCUCCGAGUGGAUCCCCAAAGAGAUAUUGUUUUAGAUGUUAGCAGCACUAGCAGUGAAGACAGUGAGGAAGAAGAACUACAAAGAUUGCAAGCCCUGCGUGAAAAAAAGAAUUUAAAUGAGGAAGAAGAAAAAAAGAAACAAAAAAGAAAAAGCAAAGAAAAACCAAAAUUAAAGAGAGCAAGGAAGAGAUCUUCCUCAUCAAGUGCAGCCGAAGAGGAUAAACCAAAAUCAAAAAAACAAAAAUCACAAAAAAAAGAAAGGAAAAGAGAAAAAAAGAAUAAAUCUAAGAAAGGAAAACAUCACAAAAAGGAGAAAAAGAAGAGAAGAAAGGAAAAAAGUUCAUCUUCUGAUAGUUCAGACAGUUCUAGUAGUGACUGAGGUGCUGGCCUGUUUUUGCUUCCGCUUCCAUUGAGACUAGGAUGCUUUUCCUUUGAAAUAUAACCUAUUUAUGCUUUGCAAUUCUGUUGUUUUAAAAUGAUACAUAUAUAUAUUUUUGAAGAAAUCUAUUUGCAAAUAUCAGUGCUUCAGAUUAUUAAAUGGAUGAUUUGGGAAAAGAA